AUGAAAUCCAUCUCCACCUCCCUCGUCUUAUUCCUGUGCUUCUUGACAGCCAUGGUUGAAGGUCUCACCCGUUACCAAGCCACACCCCCAAGCGAUGCCAUCGUCUGUCAUGACAGACAGGCUCUUAACGAUCUGGCCUCGGCCCACCCGGAUGGGCUUCUUUAUCCCGAGAAUGGAGGCUACUACCUGAAGGAUGGGGAUGAAGUCGUCGUUGGUAUCGCAAGCGACGAUCUUUGCACGGAGCUGGACGGUGCCUUUGCUAGCGUGGAAGCAAAAAUUGCCCAAGAAGUCACCCUCGCUGCUUCAAUCACGCCCAUUGUCUGA